CGAGGCCGGGCCGAGGGAGCUCUACAGUGAGUGACGUCACCUCUCCCAUGGCGUCACAUUGACGUAGCGCAUACCAGGCGCUCUAUGAGGAGGCAGACUCACAUAAAUGCUGUAUUAGACUUUCUCCCUCAGACCGCGCACAUAAACAGUCCCGCACUACGGCUUUACAUCUGCGCGCAUCAUCACUGGCACAUACACAGGAUCACUCUGAAACACACUUUUAAAACACACAUCGGACUAUAUUCUAGCCUACUUUCCUUUAGAAUAAUUAAAGGAAAAACAAAAACAAAGAAUAACUUUUUUUUCUUCUGUGGCUUCAUCCUCAACGAGUUCUGCAAAUAUACGUGUUACUUUUCAGCAGCUUUGGUAAUUUUUGUAAUUAUUCUGGAUCUAUACAGGAGACUUUAUGUUGGGUUAAUAACACAUGUAAAGACGGAACCACUACAGCAAACAAACCCGGGUUCGGAAGAGCGCGCCCAGCCGAGCUCAAAGCCCCGGCUACCGGACAGUCCCUUCGAGUCCUCCCCGCUCCCGGUCCCCCACCACAGUCGCACCAGUCCCCAGCCCCCCACACAGAACACCAUUCAGCGCGAGACUUUCACACCAGACAUGCCUUGUGUGCAGGCACAGUAUGGGCCCGCCCCUCCAGGCUCGUCCUACUCCGCCCAGUCCUUUGGGUACCAGGGCGACAGCUACAGCUCUGACCUCAUGACCCCGGACUAUACCAAGUUGGACUUGGGUGGGGGUGAGAUCUCGGCGGCCGCCACCACCUCUCUGCCCAGCUUCAACGUGUUUGUUGAGGGGAGCUACGAGCCCAAGUCCUCCUGCCUAUACCAGAUGCCCUCUCAUAGGCCGCUUAUCAAGAAGGAGGAGGAGUCCUACCCACAAUCUGACACCAUGCCCACCUCCUCCAUGUACUUUAAACAGUCUCCUCCGUCCACCCCCACCACCCCCUCUCUCGCCCCCCAGCCUGGCUCCUCCUUCCUCUGGGAUGACUCCCCCCACCUCUCCCUGCAGCCCCCCUCCCACGGCCCCCUCAAGUCCGCUCGCUUCCCCCACUUCUACCAGCACUCCCCUCCCCACAGUGGGGGGUACGAGGGGCUGGGAGGGGGGCUGCCUCGCUCUUCCUCCUCAUCCUCUUCCUCAUCCUCCUCGGUGCCCCCUCACCCCCACGGCCCGCCCCUGGAACAGCACCUGUACCAGCUGCACCGCGGGGUUGGGGGUCCGGGGGGACUGGCCUUCCGUUCUCUGGCGCUGGGGUCCUGUAACCCUCUGCUGGGGGACCGCCUGCCCUCGCCCCCCCAUCGCGGCCCCCCAGGAGAGGGCACCUGUGCCGUGUGUGGCGACAACGCUGCCUGCCAGCACUACGGCGUACGCACCUGCGAGGGCUGCAAAGGCUUCUUCAAGCGUACGGUGCAGAAGAAUGCCAAGUAUGUGUGCCUGGCCAGUAAGAACUGUCCGGUGGACAAACGGAGACGCAACCGCUGCCAGUACUGCCGCUUCCAGAAGUGCCUCAGUGUCGGCAUGGUGAAGGAGGUGGUGCGUACAGACAACCUGAAGGGCCGUCGAGGUCGUCUGCCCUCUAAACCAAAGAGCCCGCUGCAGGCGGAGUCCUCGCCUCCCUCGCCUCCCCUCAGCCUGCUCUCUGCUCUGCUCAGGGCCUACUCACACUGCACUCCCAGGGAACUAGACUACAGCCAGUUCAGUGCGGCGGAAGCCCCCUCCUCCUCCUCUGACACCCAGUACAUACAGCUCUUCUAUAGGCUGCUCACCAUCUCCAUGGAGACCACGCGUUGCUGGGCCGACCGGCUGCCCGGCUUCAAUGAGCUUCAUGGCGAUGACCAAAACCUUCUCAUAGACUCCGCCUUCCUGGAGCUCUUCGUCCUGCGAUUGGCCCACAGGUCUUUGUUGUCGGAGGAUAAGCUGGUGUUCUGUAAUGGCCUGGUGCUGAGCAAGUUCCAGUGUCUGAGAGGUUUUGGAGAGUGGCUGGACUCCAUCAGAGACUUCUCCUCUCAUCUACAGAGUCUCAACCUGGACACAUCUGCCUUCUCCUGCCUGGCUGCCCUGGUGCUGCUCACAGAGCAGGUCCCAGGACUGAAGGACAGUAAGCGCGUUGAGGAGCUGCAGAACAAGGUGGUCUGUUGCCUUAGAGACCACCUGGGCUUUGGCCCCUCCUCCUCCUCCAAGGCCACGCCCCCUCUAAGUCGUGUGCUGGGUGUUAGGGCGGAGCUCCGCUCCCAGAGGACCCAGGGUCUGCAGAGGAUCUUCUACCUGAAGCUGGAGGACCUGGUCCCACCCCCACCUCUGAUUGACAGGUUCCUAGACACUCUGCCCUACUGAUGCUGCCUGGGCUGAUUAUGCCCACACAUACGUGUCACAUCCUGUUUAAGACACACACCCCCCCCCCCAGAGCACCAUGCAGCCUCGCUCAGAGGAGCGCUGAGACUCGCUGAGCUACGCUGAGAGACAGCCAAUCAAAUUGCUUUUCACUCAUUAAGGACAACCAAUCAAAAAAUGCUUUUCACGCCAUAAAGACAAUUAUUCAUAUGCUUACCACUUUCUAUCUGGACCGUUUUUCUCGUGUGAUGGGAGGUUUUGAAAGGAUGACAAAAAAAUGAAAGUGACAUUUCUCUGUCCUGUUUUAGUCUGGUUAUGCCUGAAGGAGGAAAAUAAGACCCAGGUCUUUGUUCUGGACUGGUUUGGCCUGCUUCAGUCUGGUUCGGUUCAGUCUGAAGUUCAUAGCAGUCUGUCCUAGGGGAGGGGAAUGCAGUCUGUGUGAGUAACUGUGUGACGCUCUGAUGAUGUCCCAGGGAAACUGCGAAAUUGGAGGAAGGAGACAUUUAAAUUAAAAAAGGUAUCGUCAGUCAAGAUGACGUACAGCGUGAGUGACCCAGCAAUCUGUCUGUGUGUGUGUGUGAGCUUAGUCACACAACAGAGUCUCCAACAGAAGGCAUUAAAACAGAAGAUCUAUAUAAAACACGCAACACACACAGUGAAGUGACUGCUGUUUGGCUCUGUUGUCCAAGUGCAAUUUCUUUAGUGCUAUCUUUUUUUUAAAGCAACAGCUAGAGAUGGAAAGGUUUCAUUUCAAACUCUAAAUUAUUGUAAUACUAAGACUGGCCAUGUACUGUCAGUCUGUCAGUAGCUCCGGGAGAAAGAGAGAUUGGUGAGGAGGUACUGAGCACUAACCAUUGAUGACUCAGUCUCUCAGAAUUGAACUGGCUGUAGUAGAUUUAAGAAUGAACUUUUAGGAUUAUUGGAGGAAAGAACGCAAGCAGCACUUACACCCUCAGAGGGUGACAAGCACAGACACACACCCACCCUGCUCCCCGAGAGAGGGAGCGAAGAGGCAGAGAGGAGGAGAACAGGAGAGGAGGAAAGGGGGGCUGGGAGUAGAAGGGAGCUCGAUGGAUGACUGGAAGGGGCCUGGGAGAGGUUGAAACAUUCCGCAGUCAUGCUCUUUUUAUAUGUUUGUAAUAUGGAGGCUGUGAGAGAUUGGAGGACAAUGUUACUGUCUAUGUGUUUCCGUGUAGGAGUACAGGAGCAUAUGCAUGGUGUGUUAUAAGCUGUUAUAAGCUCUUAUGAAGCUGUUAUGACAGCCUGGCCUGGUUUGUGUGUCAGACUGCGCCUGUGUGUGUGUGGUCCCCCCACCCGGCCAUCCACCAUUACACAUCACAGACUCACUCACAGGCAUCCGUUUUGAAAGAAGGAAAAAAUAAAAUUCUAUAGAUAUAUAAAUAUAUAUAUAUAUAUACAAAACUAAUAUUUUGAAGUGUUUUUAGCUUUUUCAAAUAUUGUGGUACAAGUUGUGCAUUGUUUUUUUGAAGAAGAGAAAUUAAAAGAAGUAAAAAAAAAGUU